CCUUGCUUCUUUUGCGGGCACCUCCAAUUCUAGUCCCCUCCAGGUGGGUGGUGAAGCCGCGGAGUGUGAGAGGCAUCUCCAUGCUCAUCCGUGACCCCAGCUGUGCUCCAAGGGAAGGCAUCUCCAGGGAAGAGCAGCUUGGUCCCGCAAAAGCUGGACUGCAAGAAGGACUUUGUGACUUGGGAUGUGACGGGCACGGAGAUGGAGUGGGGGGUGGUGGCAGCGCAAGGUGUGCAGGUGACAGCAGGUGUGUACCUCCGACGUGGGCGGGGGAGACACUCGGAGGGUGCAGGAGGGCGCAACGACGGAAGGCCCGGCUCCAGGGCUUCCCUCUUGUAUGGGCAGCGCAGAGGAGGCGGCCCUCACUCAGUGUCCUGAUCUCAGGCGGGGGCACUGUUUGUGUGGGAAGGGCUUCCUGGGCUUCCCAUCUCUGGCGGGAAGCGCUCCCCGACUCAUUCUCUACGUAGGGGACACCCCCAAGGCAGGAGCCCGGGCCGACGGAGAGGACUUAGGACACUAUCGAACCCUCUGGGAAAAGAGGAGAGAAGUCGUGACCCAGGCCCCGCCCCGUCUUGCCGCCCUCGUGCCCGGCGCUAAGACCCAGCGGGCGCGCCGCCCGCCCGGGGCCCAGCCCUGUCCCCUUCCGUCCGCGGGGCCGCCAGCUCAGCUCCGGAGAGCCGGCGGCGCGGCGGGCAUGGCUCGGGUGGCGUGGGGGCUGCUGUGGUUGCUGCUGGGCAGCGCCGGGGCGCAGUACGAGAAGUACAGCUUCCGGGGCUUCCCGCCCGAGGACCUGAUGCCGCUGGCCGCGGCCUACGGGCACGCGUUGGAGCAGUACGAGGGAGAGAGCUGGCGCGAGAGCGCGCGCUACCUGGAGGCGGCGCUGCGGCUGCACCGGCUACUGCGCGACAGCGAGGCCUUCUGCCACGCCAACUGCAGCAGCCCCGCGCCCGCGCCCAAGCCCGACCCCGACGGCGGCCGCGCCGACGAGUGGGCCCGCGAGCUGCGGCUCUUCGGCCGCGUCCUGGAGCGAGCCGCUUGCCUGCGGCGCUGCAAGCGGACGCUGCCGGCCUUCCAGGUGCCCUACCCGCCGCGGCAGCUGCUGCGUGACUUCCAGAGCCGCCUGCCCUACCAGUACCUGCACUACGCGCUGUUCAAGGCUAACCGGCUGGAGAAGGCGGUGGCGGCGGCCUACACCUUCCUCCAGAGGAACCCGAAGCACGAGCUGACCGCCAAGUAUCUCAACUACUAUCGGGGGAUGCUGGACGUCGCCGACGAGUCCCUCACGGACCUAGAGGCCCAGCCCUACGAGGCUGUGUUCCUCCGGGCUGUGAAGCUCUACAACAGCGGGGAUUUCCGCAGCAGCACGGAGGACAUGGAGCGGGCCUUGGCAGAGUACCUGGCAGUUUUUGCCCGGUGCCUGGCCGGCUGUGAAGGGGCCCAUGAGCAGGUGGACUUCAAGGACUUCUACCCAGCCAUAGCAGUGAAUGAUGUGCGCCAGGCUGCCCGCAGCGCCGCCAGCUACAUGCUCUUCGACCCCAAGGACAGCAUCAUGCAGCAGAACCUGGUGUAUUACCGGUUCCACCGGGCUCGCUGGGGCCUGGAAGAGGAGGACUUCCAGCCCCGGGAGGAGGCCGUGCUCUACCACAACCAGACCGCUGAGCUGCGGGAGAUGCUGGAGUUCACCCACAUGUACCUGCAGUCAGAUGAUGAGGCCCAGCUCACAUGGUGCCUCCUCCAGGAAGCCCUUGCUGCAUGCCGUGGCUCUUUGUUCUGGGCUAGCAGUGCCCACUCUGACCUGUGUGCCUCCCUGGCCACCUGUAGCCUGGACCUGGGUGAUUGCAGCCCUGGUCCAUCUCAGCCCUGGCCCCCUUCUCCAGCCAGUCUCCAGGAGAACCGCACUGCAGGACAUAGGGCCACGUUCUUCCCUGUUCUCCCAUAUCCUGCAUAGAGCUUGGGCUCAGAAACUGAGUUUGAAUGAACCAGUGAAUGAAUGAAUGCAGGACCUCAGGACAGAAGGACCGUAUUGUAUUACAUUGAUUUAUUUUAUUUUAUUUAUUUUUAUUUAUUUAUUUAUUUAUUUAUUUAUUUAUUUAUUUAUUUAUUUGAGAUGGAGUCUCACUCUGCCACCCAGGCUGGAGUGCAGUGGUGUCAUCUCAGCUCACUGAAACCUCUGCCUCCCAGGUUCAUGCAAUGCUCCUGCCUCAGCCUCCUGAGUAGCUGGGAUUACAGGCGUGCACCACCACUCCUGGCUAAUGUUUGUAUUUUUAGUAGAGACAGUGUUUCACCAUGUUGGUCAGGCUGGUCUCGAACUGGUGACCUCAUGAUCCGCCUGCCUUGGCCUCCCAAAGUGCUGGGAUUACAGGCGUGAGCAGCCACGCCCGACCCUAUUAACAUUAAUUUCAAGUGAGGGUUUGACAGCCUUAGUUUCUCUGAGGUGUUGCUGCUCAGUGCUCAUUUAUGUAUCCUCUCCUUUGUUCAUGCCCCCAUGCCCCCACCCAUCCAACUCCGGGGGGAGGAGGGCAGAAUCUACACUGUCAGCACCCAGGAUGAGGGACUAGCCAGACCUGGCUCCAUUACUUACCAGUUGGGUGGCCUCCAAACAAGUGUCAGGCAACCUCUCAAGCUUCUGUUUCUUCAUCCAUUGAAUGGGGAGAAUCAUGCCCAUCUCACAUUGUUGUGGUGAGAAUAAUACAAGAUCUGGCCAGGUGUGGUAGCUCAUGCCUGUAAUCCCAGCAAUUUGGGAGGCCGAGGCAGAGGGAUCACCUGAGAUCAGGAGUUCAAGACCAGCCUGGCCAACAUAGUGAAACCCUGUCUCUACUAAAAAUACAAAAAUUACUCAGGUGUGGUGGUGGGCACCUGUAAUCCCAGCUACUGGGGAGGCUGAGGCAGGAGAAUCGCUUGAUCUGGAGGCAGAGGUUGCAGUCAACCGAGAUUGCGCCACUGCACUCCAGCCUAGGUGACAGAUUGAGACUCUUGUCUUGAAAAAGAAUUAAGUGAGAUCAAGUAUGUAUUUUUUUUUUU